UCCUGGCGAUUGGCCAAGUAUCGAAACCCUUGCGGAGCGGAGACGAGAGCCCUCUUUUCCUUCCAAGUUCAAGUAGAAGUAGAGCUUGAAGUAGAAGUACUCCUCGCAAAGCCCUCUCUCUCUCUCUCUCUCUCCAUUCAAAAUCCACCAAUAUCCAGUUACUUAGUAAAGCAAAACCCUCAUUAAAUCCCUUUCCCAUAUCCUUCUUAAAUUUUUCUUUUUUCUUUAUCACAAUGAGUGACUCGGCCGUAGAUGACUCCAAACACAUCGAGGAGCUCUACCUUUACGUUGAGCGUCUCAACGAGGCCACGGACAAGUCCCAGAAUGUGAAGGACUACCAGGGUAUCAUCGACACUGCCAAGUCCAGCAUCAAGGCCAAGCAAUUGGCCGCUCAGUUCAUCCCCAGGUUCUUCAAGUUCUUCCCCACUCUCUCGGGCCCCGCCAUCGACACGCAUCUCGAUUUGAUCGAAGAAGAAGAACUCGGGGUUCGGGUGCAAGCAAUUAGGGGACUUCCCCUUUUCUGCAAGGAUACACCAGAACAUAUUGCAAAGAUUGUAGACAUUCUUGUGCAACUCCUUGCAUCCGAGGAAUUUGUGGAGCGUGAUGCUGUGCAUAAAGCCCUUAUGUCCCUGUUGACGCAGGAUGUGAAAGCUUCUUUGACGGCCUUAUUUAAGCAUAUUGGGAGUGUUGAUGAACCAAGUACGGAUGAAGUUAUUCGUGAGAAAGUUCUAACAUUUAUAAGAGAUAAGGUUUUUCCCAUUAAGGCUGAACUAUUAAAGCCUCAGGAAGAAAUGGAAAGACAUAUAACUGAUUUGAUAAAAAAGAGUUUAGAAGAUGUAACCGGCGCAGAAUUCAGGAUGUUUAUGGACUUCUUAAAGAGUUUGAACACUUUUGGAGAAAAAGCUCCCCCAGAACGCAUGAAAGAAUUAAUUGGAAUUGUUGAAGGACAAGCUGAUUUAGAUGCACAGUUCAAUGUUUCGGAUGCGGACCAUAUUGACAGGUUGAUAUCGUGCUUGUACAUGGCUCUUCCACUUGUUGUGAGGGGUGCUUCAAGCAGCAAGUUUCUCAAUUAUUUGAACAAACACAUUAUACCUGUAUUUGAUAAGCUUCCUGAGGAGCGAAAGCUAGACAUGCUCAAAGCCCUUGCAGAAAUUUCUCCUUAUACAACACCACAGGAUUCUCGUCAGAUUCUUCCUAAUGUUGUUCAGCUAUUAAAGAAGUACAUGCCCCGGAGGAAGACAGGGGAAGAGAUGAACUUUACUUAUGUUGAGUGCUUGCUGUACACAUUUCACCAUCUAGCUCACAAGGUUCCCAAUGCCACUAACAGUCUAUGCGGUUAUAAGAUAGUGACUGGUCAACCAUCAGAUAGGCUUGGGGAGGACUUCUCAGAGUUAUAUAAGGAGUUCACUGAAAGGUUGAGUAAUGUCGAGGAGUUAACCAGGGCUACCAUGAAGAAAUUAACUCAGGGGAUGGCUGAGCACAACAAAGCUAUGGCUGCUGCCAAAUCUGAUGAAGCAAAGGAAGGCAUUAAAACUCAAAAGCAGAAUACUACAACUGGGUUGCGGACCUGUAAUAACAUUUUGGCAAUGACAAAGCCGUUGCAUUCAAAAACACCUUCAUUUACUGGAGAUAAAAGCAUCAACCUGUCUUGGAAAGAAGCAACAAAACCUUCUAUUCCCACUGCCACAGCUACAACUGGAGGAAAACGACCUGCUAAUGCUACUAACGGAUCCAGCAAUGUGACAUCCAAAAAGGGCCGUGGAGCUGGUGGUUUACCAAACCAGCUAGUUAAUAGAGCAUUAGAAGGUUUGUCUCAUGGUGGGAGAGGUGGGAUUAGGGGCAGAGGCAGGGGGUGGGCUGGACGUGGAAGAGGAAGAGGCUACCGGUAGCCUAGGUGCUUGCUGGACGUGAAUUCACAAAUUCAACAUCCACCGGGAAGUAUACGACUAGAAGCCAUUUGUUUAUUCUUGUUCUCUGUUGGAGCUAGAUUUGAUUCGUAGAGGAAGCUGAGUAUCUGGAGACUUCUUUGUGGUCUAACACUAGGAAUCAUAUUGCUCUGGAGCUUAUCUAGUAGCUUUUAGUGCCUCUAAGAAGUUAUUAAUCGUUUCUAAUUCAACUGAUGAAAGCAGCAGCUGGGAUUUUAUGGAAUCUGUGCAUGCCUGUUACUCCGUGUAUGCAUAUAAUAACUUGCAUUCCGAGAAAUGAUUUUACAAUUCUGAAAAAAUGAUUUUACAAUUCUGAAAAUUUGUAGAAUAUAAAUUGUUUGGUUGAAUGAGAACUUGAGAAAACUGAUACU